UUACAACAUUCGACAUCCAGCGCCAUGACUUUCCGUGUGGUAAGCCUCCAAUUUGGCAGGAACUAUUAAGUGGAUUCGUUCCAUGUUAGCUUAGAUAUUGCCAAAGCACGCAUUCAAAACGGCACAUUAAUUUCUGUCAUCCUGAUACAGAAGAGGGGGUCAAGUGAUACGACAAAAAAAUAUGUCCACUUCUCGAAGGAUCUCAGAAGGCAGCGACGGAAGUUCCACCGAUAGCUCAACCGACCCAGCUUCUCAUGACUCGUCGGCGCACGUAUAUCAUGAUACAAAACACCAACAGAAGUUCUCCGGGUUGGCGGACCAGAAGCAUGCCGCCGAGCAGCGAGAGGAAGAGAGACGAGAUGAAUCGCCGCCGGAAGAUCGUAGUUUCGUGUAUAGAAAACCAGGCGCGGGGAACUUGUUAACAGAGUUUCUGGAAAAUGAUUCGCCUGAGUGCCGUUGGUACUUAUUCCGGAAAAACCAGGCAUCGCUUAUAGCGAAUGAUUUUUCAUUCCCACACCUAUCGAGAUUCGAUAUUUAACGGGCUAUCACGGAAUACUGUCACUGCGACAGUGCUUGUUUGGUCUUUUAUACCACUAGUCAGAAGUCGGCAAAUGUGGGAUUUCAAUAUUUUGUGUAACCUCAGUCUUUAUUUGAUUGGGUCUUAUGAGAGGAAUUUCUGGGUUGCAGAGUAUAGAAACUUGAAGCAGUAUUCAAGUGUACACGCUCAGGUGAGAAAAUCGAAGAGUUGUUGCUCAAAUUGUUCAGUCUUAGUUGUAGCAUUUAGUUAUUAGAUGCCUCUCGCAGGAGCCAGAGGACACAAGGAUAGUUUGGCGCGGAGAGGAGCUUCCGAGGCCCCAAGAAUCCCUGAAGGCUCAAUGUCAUGAAACAUUCUAUCAAUUCGGCGCUUGAACAGUAAAGAAUGUGAUGCCACAUAGAGGUAGCAGCUGCGCCCACAAUUGAAGCCGUGCAAUUUUGCCAUCCCAGUAAGCUAUGGGUUGAUGCAAAAGGUGGAGUCGAGAUAGUUAAGCUUAUUUGAUGACUAAGUUAACUAAUCCC